AUGUCUAUGGAAGUCGAUACCCUAGCUUAUACCCGGCCAGCACCGAGCGCCGCAACAAUUCUAUGCUGCAACUGCGGUGCCCCGAUUGACGGCACAAAGGCCGCAGCAGCGCUCUGUGACGACUGCAUUAAGCUUACAGUCGACAUCUCUGAGGGCAUACAGCGAGAGGCCACCGUCCACAUAUGCCGGGACUGUGAUCGGUACCUAGCACCGCCCUCACAAUGGUUGGUAGCGCAGCCGGAAAGCAAGGAACUUCUAGCCCUGUGCCUCCGGAAGCUCCGCGGUCUGAGCAAAGUGCGGAUCAUCGACGCCAGCUUCAUCUGGACCGAACCGCACAGCCGCAGAAUCAAAGUCAAGAUUACCAUCCAGCAGGAGGCUUUGCAGGGCACCAUCCUACAGCAGAGUUUCGAGGUUGAAUACGUUGUGGCAUAUCAGCAGUGUCCGGACUGCCAGAAGAGCUACACGCACAACACGUGGCGAGCCGUCGUCCAAGUCCGACAGAAAGUUCCGCAUAAACGGACCUUUCUCUUCCUGGAACAGCUGAUCUUGAAGCACGGCGCCCACAAGGACACCCAGAACAUCAAAGAGGCGCACGAUGGCAUAGACUUCUUCUUCUCUGCCCGCAACUCUGCAGAGAAGUUUGUCGACUUCCUCACCUCAGUCGCUCCCGUGCGAGUCAAGAAGAGCCAGGAGCUCAUUUCGAUGGACAUUCACACGUCAACAAAAUCCUACAAGUUCUCUUACUCGAUUGAGCUUGUCCCGCUCUGCAAGGACGACCUGAUCUGCCUGCCCCUCAAGCUAGCGAAACAGCUCGGCGGCAUCUCGCCCCUGACCCUCUGCUACAAGGUCGGCACGUCCGUCAACGUCAUCGACCCAACGACGCUCCAGACCGCCGACAUCUCCACUCAAGAGUACUGGCACACCCCCUUCGCCCCUCUAGCCGACGUCCAAGAGCUCGCCGAGUUCAUCGUGCUCGACAUCGAGCCCCUCGGGCCACAGAAGGGCCGCUUUGCGCUCGCCGAAGCGACCGUAGCACGUGCCUCCGACAUGGGAUUGAACGACACAACAUACUACACGCGCACACAUUUGGGCGGCGUCCUGCAUCCUGGCGACUCGGUGCUGGGCUACCACCUCUCCGGCACAAACUUCAACAACUCACAGUUCGAGGCCCUGGAGAACCACCGCAACUACGCAUCCACAAUCCCAGACGUGAUGCUCGUCAAGAAGUUCUACGCGCGCAAGAAGAAGAACAAGAACCGCAACUGGCGCCUCAAGCGCAUGGCGAAGGAGGAGAGCGAGAUGCUGCCCCGCAAGCAGGACCAGGACAGGCUGGAGCGCGAUAUGGAAAUGUUCUUACGGGAUGUGGAGGAGGACGAGGAGCUGAGAGCGAACUUGGCGCUGUACAAGAAUCAGCAGAAGGCGAGAGGGGAGCGGAUGGAUGUUGAAGAGAUGACGGAGGGCGGAGAGAGCGAUGACGACAGGUUGAGGAUUCCAAUGGAGCAGCUUAUUGACGAAUUUGAGGAGAUGGGUAUGGAGGAGUAG